AGAAAAACAAACGAUGAAGACGUCCCACGCCGGGUAAGCCGACCACGAAAAUGUGCACGCAUGCGCACAUUCUUCAUGCAACGCAGCAGCCACCAUCACCGCCGCUUGACACAUAACCUGAAAAUUGUUGGAAACAAUCAUCUCUUUGCAGCAGCAGCCUAUUAAUUGUGCCAUCGCUAAUUAUUACGGUUCAUCACGACGAUUUCAAUUAAAAAUGUAUAGAUGCUUGAAGUGCGGGGCGCCGGUGGCACUCUCAUGGAUUUCACAACACGAAUGCUUCCUCCAACAGCGAAAAAUCUUAAUCGACGAAUAUGGUUUCGUUGAUGGGAUUCAAGCUAAUAUUGACAGAGAGCAGGGAAGAGGUGUCUGUUUAGAAACCCAAGAGAAGUCCAUUGAAGGGAUUUGGAAUUGCGUAGUGGCAGCAUUCGAGCAUAACCAGGAUAUGCUCAGAGACACCGCUCAUGUUCUGAGAAUAUCCCGGUUAGCCGACUCAUGGGCAGAGCUAGACAACGAACUCGAGAAAUAUGCAGAGGGCAGCUUGGAAGAAUGGAAAGAGACUAUUAAGAAUUGGGAAACCAAAACAGUUUCCAAAUGGCAAAUUUUGGAGCAGGUUCUUCUCCCAACGGACCACCAGCGACUGGAUCUUUUCUUCACCGAUGCGGGGAAACGUUAUCUUCAUUUAAUGAAUAACAUAAAAAAUUUUGCGAUGAAUGUUAUUGAAAUUGAAUAAAAUUAAAAAGUG